AUGCCGCGGCGCCUGCAGCCCCGGGGAGCAGGCACAAAGGGCCCGCCUGCCACAACCUUGGCGGCUUCGGAGGCCGCCUCGCGUCCCCAUCCCUCCGCCUCCGGGGACCCCCCAGCAUCGGCCAAGCCGCUGCUGCGCUGGGACGAGGUGCCCGACGACUUCGUGGAGUGCUUCAUCCUGUCGGGCUACCGGCGGCUGCCUUGUACGGCGCAGGAGUGCCUAGCCUCGGUACUGAAGCCUACCAACGAGACGCUCAACUUCUGGACGCACUUCAUCCCGCUACUGCUGUUCCUGAGCAAGUUCUGCCGCCUGUUUUUCCUGAGCGGCCAGGACGUGCCCUUCCAUCACCCAUGGCUGCUGCCGCUGUGGUGCUACGCGUCGGGCGUGCUGCUGACCUUCGCCAUGAGCUGCACGGCGCACGUGUUCAGCUGCCUGUCACUGCGCCUGCGCGCUGCCUUCUUCUACCUGGACUACGCGUCCAUCAGCUACUACGGUUUUGGCAGCACGGUGGCCUACUACUACUACCUGCUGCCGGGCCUGAGCUUGUUGGACGCCAGAGUGAUGACACCGUAUGUGCAGCAGCGCCUGGGCUGGCACGUGGACUGCACACGCCUCAUUGCUGCCUACCGCGCGCUCGUGCUGCCCGUGGCCUUCGUGCUGGCUGUGGCCUGCACGGUGGCCUGCUGCAAGAGCCGCACAGACUGGUGCUCUUACCCGUUCGCGCUUCGCACUUUUGUCUUCGUCAUGCCGCUCAGCAUGGCCUGCCCCAUCAUGCUCGAGAGCUGGCUCUUUGACCUGCGCGGUGAGAACCCCACGCUCUUCGUGCACUUCUAUCGUCGCUACUUCUGGCUAGUGGUGGCCGCCUUCUUCAAUGUGAGCAAGAUCCCCGAGCGCAUCCAGCCAGGCCUCUUUGACAUCAUUGGCCACAGCCACCAGCUCUUCCACAUAUUCACUUUUCUCAGCAUCUAUGACCAGGUGUACUAUGUGGAGGAGGGCCUGCGCCAAUUCCUCAAGGCGCCGCCUGCUGCACCCACCUUUUCUGGCACAGUGGGUUACAUGCUGCUGCUGGUGGUCUGUCUGGGGCUGGUCAUCAAGAAGUUCCUAAACAACUCGGAAUUCUGCAGUAAAAAGUGA